AUGGAAGGUCAACAGGGAUCGAGUAAGAUGCCGAAGGCGGCAUAUUUUCUGAUUGUUGCCAGAUCAUUAACAGCUUUUCAAGUAAUGGUUACCAAUUCUGUAAUGAAAACUUUCAUGGUGAACAAACUGGAAUUCGGGUCAGGUGAGACCAGUUCAAUAUUAAGGUGGCGCAGAGCUGUUAUAUAUUGGAUGUUCCUGUUUGGUUCGUUGGUGGCCGAAAACUAUCCCAAUAAAUACUAUAUUGUUCUCUUGGAAUGUGUAAUGACGAUUGUCGGUCUUGCUCUACUCGUAUUAAUGUCGGCGCCAGCUGUUCGACACAUCGCCAAGGAAAUGUUCUACUUCAGAUACGGGUUGUGUUUUGUCUUCUAUUUCAUUUCCAAUACAGUAAUACAGGCAUUUGAGGGAAACCAAUUUAAACUUCCGGAAGAGAGUGCUGCUUACACGAAGUAUUUCAGAAUUUUCUAUGUCGUCCGUAACUUUUUGGUACUUUUUGGAACUUUUCUGGGACCUUUUGUAAAGACUCACGUUACUUGCUUGGGCGAACAGGAUUGCUUCAUGCUUACAUAUAGCGUCAGUCUCAUCACCAUGUUUGUUAUUUUGGGUGUUUACAUAUCCGGAUCCAGAUUUUAUAUCAUUACCAAACCAUCACACAGAAUUGCCCAAUUGAUUGCUGGAUGCAUGUGGUACGGAUUCACCCAUUGGUUGAAGGAGAGAAAGUCUAACCCAAAACCAAAUUGGUUGGAUCAUGCUGAACCAAAGUACGGAGCACAACUUGUUUUGGAUAUAAGAACAGUGUUGAAUAUGAUGAUGAUAUUUUGCUGUGUACCUUUAUUUACCGGUGUCUACAAUUUGUACCAAGACGAAUGGUUGUUUCAAGCAAGCAGAAUGGACACACAAUUUGGAUCGUACACGUUUAUUUUGGAACAUUUUGAACUGAUAAAUCCUCUUCUAGCAGUUGUUAUGUUACCAUUUUGCCAAUACGUUAUGGACCCGUUGCUGGUAAAGUUGAAAUUGGAUAGAACUUUUAGGAAAAUGAUAUUCGGCGGUAUGAUGGUAGCAAUCGCUUUUUGGAUCUCCGGGUUCAUCGAAACACGCAUCAAGGUAAAUUUACCAGAAUUACCGAAUGGCGAAGAAGUGCAGGUAAGGAUAUUUAACGGAUUCAACUGUCCGGUUGCAAUUGAUGCAGCGAGUAUUGAUCCUCAAACUUUUGUAUUGAGCCCUCGUGGAAUGUACACAAAUAAACACGUCCCUUCGGCAUCCUAUCAGUCAAUAGCGAUUUCUAUGAAGGGAACGUGUUUUGCACCUGCGAGCAAAACAAUAAACGCCGAAGCCGGUACAUCAAUAUCAAUAUUGCUCCAAAAUGAAGAUGGACAGGCUGUUGUCAUAUCCUACGAAGAAAGACUGGAAAAAUCUGAAGCUGGCGAGCCUAUUAUCACAGUCGCCGGUGCCAAAAUAACGGACAGUGUCAUUAUCAAGGAUUCUAAAGGAGUGGAAGUGGUGAUGACUCCAACACCCACUUUGAUUGCCGGCGAACCGGUUGUAACAGAUGGCAUCAGAUUGAAACAAGUUGUUGUCGAAAAGUACGAAUUGUUACUGAACGGCAUCAGCAUCAAGAAGUUCGACAUGUACCAAGGCGGUGUUUACUUGUUAACAAUAUCUGGCAACACUGCCGACUUUUACGAGAUCACAGAACCGAACGUUGUCCAUAUAUCGUGGAUGUUGCCUCAGAGCAUUUUGCUGAUUUUUGGCGAAAUUUACUUUGACAUUAAUGUGUGGCAGUUCACGUAUACCGAAGCUCCUGCAACCUGCAAAGUGCUGGUGGUAGCUCUGCAAUUUGCGAUGAACUCCUGGGGCGAAUUGUUUGUCGACAGUAUCCUUCGCAUCGAAGGUCUUGAUCACGAUCACAAAUUGUAUAUUGAGGCUACUUGUCUUGCUAUCAGCAUGGUGAUUUUUGGAUUUGUGGGCAAGAUCUUCAAACCUUUGGCUACGAACAAUGUCCUUAUCUGA